AUGUCUUCGGUACGCCCAAUGACGCCAGCAGACCUGCUGAAAUUCAAUCCCUGCAAUCUAGACCACCUGACGGAAACAUACAACAUCGGCUUCUACCUCGACUAUUUUUCCAAAUGGCCCGAACUGUGCAUGGUGAUUGAAGGCCGCCACGGCGAGAUUGAAGGUUACAUCCUCGGUAAACUCGAAUCAUCGCCCUAUCCCGCUCCCCAUGUCCCCUACGACCCCUCGCACCCAGCCUACAAAAAGCAAUACCCGAAUUAUCUAGGCUGGCACGCGCACAUCACCUGCCUGACCGUGUCUCCCUCUUCACGACGCCUGGGCCACGCAACCGCUCUCUCCAACUCUCUGGAAGUAAUCGGCGAUCGUGAGAACGCAUGGUUCGUGGACCUNUUUGUGCGUGUUGAAAAUACAGCUGCUAUUGAGUUGUAUAAAAAGAUGGGAUACAGUGUGUACAGGAGGAUUGUGGAUUACUAUAAUGAUGGCAGUGAUGCUUAUGAUAUGAGGAAGCCGUUGAGUAGGGAUACGAAGAGGGAUACUGUGAGGGAAGGAGGUGAAGAGAUUAGGGUUGAUCCUGGAGAGGUGUGGUGA